CUUGUCAAGUUUUUUUCGUCUGAUUAUUACUGCAAAAAAAAUUCUAGUGGAUAGCAGCAUAAGCACAAAACCAAAAAUAAAUCGAAUGUAGCAUGAACUCGAAAAUUAUGGAAAGAUUUAUUUUCUCUGGAGAAAUUAAAGAUAUUAGAGAAAGGGAGACCCACUGGGCAGCCAGAUGUCUCCUUCCUCCGUCUUCGUGCCCUUCAAAACGGCAGAAGCCUUUUCGCGUUUGGGCGCCGGUUCCUGUCUUCCCCGCAAACCAAACAGGAGAGAGAGGAGGAGGAGACCUUCCUUCCCUUCGUCUACAGGAGAUGGGGUGCUUCAAUUCCAAGCCAAAUGAUGCUGGUGCGAUCAGAAGAAGACCUGGGAGCAUAGGCGAGGUGGCUGUGUUUAUACCUGGACUGCGAGUUCCUGAGAGUUUGGAGCUGUCUCAGCCGCUAGGUGAUGGCCUCCCGAGGAGACUGACCGAACGUUUGGCUGCGUUGAGGAGCCGAAUAGUGGUCAUGGCUGCUCAUGAGGCCCUAUCGGUGACUAGGCCCAGGAAGCGCACCUUCACACAGCAUGGAGGAUCUACAUCAGCUGAUCUUCUGCAGGCUUUGGACGAGUACUUGCCAGUUCUUCUAGGAUUGGUAAAAGAGGGGAGCGACUUGGAAGAUAAGAUACAGUUUUCAUGGAUGAACCAAGAGGAUGAUGCAGAGGAGACGGCAUUGCCCAGUGCUUGGUAUGAGGUGCUGUCGAUUCUGCACAUGAUGGCUAUGCUGCGUUUAUCUCAAGCAAACUCCCUGCUUCUUCCAAAGACAUCACUCGAGGGAUACCAUGCUAAAGUAUCUGAAGAUAACAAACGAGCUUCUGUUGAAUUAUUUCUCAAGGCAUCUGGGUACUUGGAGUGUGCUAUUCAACAUGGUCUUCCUAGGAUAUCCCCAGAAAAUAGGAAAGGUCUUCCUGUGGACUUAGCUGAAGGAGUCCUGAAAGCGAUCUGCAUGCAAGCUCUGGGUCAAGCAAUUGAUGUUCAACUUGGGUUGGCAAUUGAUAGCCCAAAGGCUACCCUCGCAGUGAAAAGGAGGUUAGCAUGUGAGAUGGUCAAGUGCUGGCAGCAGGCACAUGAAAGUAUGGCGGAUCUACCUCUAAUUGAUAGCUGGGGUAAGAAGCACAGGCUCUUUGUGAAGUGGAAGUACAUUGAAGCAAAGGCUGCAGCAUACUACUAUCAUGGGCUUAUCCUUGACGAAGGCAACACGGAGAAAUACCAUAGGAUGGCGGUCGCAGCAUUGCAAUCCGCAGAGGAGUUCCUCAGGGAGAGCAAAGAUGUGUCUGAAGCCUUCCAUGCAACACCUCCUGUUUCAAGAAGCCCACCUGUCUGUGGAUCGAUGAAGUAUCUUCAUGAGAAGAUCCAGAAGGACACAUCCUGCAAAGUACGCAUCAACAAGGACCUCUACAGCAACGACAGCAUCCAUGAGGCGGUGCCGGCGCUGCCGGAUUUCGCGGUGGCUCUGAAACCUGAGGAGUACCGGCUUCCUGUGACAGACGGCGCUUCAAAUGACUAGACAUGCAUGCAUGCAUGCAUCAUCAGAGCGUGUGGCUAUUGCAUCUGCAACCCUAGCCGCCUGACAUGAGUUGACUAGUUACUGGAAUACUAUCUCAUCACAUAGGAGUAUGAAUGUCUAGUGGAAUAUCCUCUCCUGGGGAUCUUGUGCAUUGAUUUUUUUCUUCUUCUUUUUGGGUUGGACUGAGUGGGACCCGGAUGCCAUGUUAUAUUGUUUAUUUAAUAGAAGGAUAUACAAAUUACGAAAAUGAUUGAUCUAA